AUGAAUUACAUACCUCUACUUCUUUUCUUAGUUUUAUUUUCUACUGUUUUGGGAACCCACCAUUCCAGUCACUCCCCAGUAAAGUUGGAUAUUGGGGGUACUGUAUUCAAGACUACUAGACAAACGCUAACAAAGCAUGAUGGAUCGUUUAAAACAAUGUUGGAAGCGGAUACUCCGGUCGAAAAAGACGACAAUGGGUGCAUAUUCAUUGACCGAGACCCUCGUCACUUCCCCUCUAUUCUGAACUACCUCCGAGAUGGAUAUGUUAGACUCCCCAAUUCCGAGCACACUGUCAGAGAGAUUCUUCGUGAGGCUAAACACUACAAGCUUGAGGGGUUGAAGGAGUUGUGUGAGGCAAAACUAGUCACUGGAUUCUCACUUGUAGAGAAGAAUAAUCAAAGCACCGUGGUGUCCGUGGCACCAGUUCCACAAUACAGUGUUCCAGUUGAGAAGCCUAAACUUCAUAACGGAACCUUAAGAGUCAUCGAAAGUGAGAGUGACUAUCUGAAUAUAAUUGCCUAUCCAACAAAGCAUGUCAUGAUAUUUUAUUACGCUGUGAAUGGUUAUGGAAGAUGCUCUGUUCCUACAGGCCUAAAUGCUCCCAGCUUUGUAGAAAAGCACAAAAAUACAAUUGAUAUCUACUUCAGAGCCUGGCAAGCAGGUAGCAGUGCUGUGAGCAAUGAUUGGUUGUGGACGUUCUUCUACAAAGACUACAGUAUUAACUAUGUACCAAAUUGGAGCGGCAGUCAUAAGAAAUAUAUGCAAGAGGUCGAAGAAACUAUUGCCAAGUUUUUGGUCGAUAAACCACUCAGUUAA